AUGGCCUCAUCCGACACCGAGAAACACUCCGCGUCUAGUUCAGGGCUUGACACGUCCGGAAAUACAGCGCAGACGAAGGAUGCCGUACCGGCAGAUGCGCCAGCCAAACCCUCCGACCAGCCGCCGGCGCCGCCCGACGGAGGCUUGCUUGCUUGGCUCCAGGUCUUGGGCUCCUUCUUUCUGUUCAUGAACUCUUGGGGCCUUGUCAACACUUACGGGGUUUAUCAAACAUAUUAUGAACUUGAUCUCUUGCGCGACAAGACGCCCUCCCAGAUCUCGUGGGUGGGCUCUUUGCAAGCAUGCCUGCUCCUUGUCAUCGGCGUCGCCACCGGGCCAUUAUUCGACCUCGGUUACUUCAACCUCCUCCUCUGGACGGGUUCUUUCCUCGUGGUCUUCGGCAUGAUGAUGACGAGCCUCUGCACGCAGUACUGGCAGGUGAUGCUCGCGCAGGGGCUGGUCGUCGGACUCGGCUUCGGCUGCCUGUUUGUGCCGAGUGUGGCUAUUGUGUCGACCUAUUUCACCAGUAAAAAGUCCUUCGCCACGGGUGUCGCGGCCGCCGGCAGCAGUCUUGGCGGUGUCAUCUACACCAUCACCUUCUCCCGCCUACAGCCCCGCAUCGGCUUCCCCUGGGCCACCCGCGUCGUGGGGUUUCUCGCCCUCGCCGGGCUGUGCGUCUCCUGCGCCGUCAUGCGCGUACGCGUCCUGCCGAAAUCGGUUCGGAGGCUGCUCGAGCCGCGCGCCUUCCUCGAGGUCCCUUACACCAUGUUCACUAUCGGCCAGUUUGUUGGUACCAUGGGAAUGUGGGUGCCAUUCUACUACGUCAACAGCUACGCCAUCGCCAUGGGGGUCGACUCCACCCUCGCAUUCUACCUGGUGACCAUCCUCAACGCAACGUCCAUCCUCGGCCGACUAGUGCCAAACUACUUCGCGGACAAGACCGGCCCACUGAACAUCAUGGCACCCGCUGCAGCGUGCUCAGCCGUCCUGGCGUUUGCCUGGAUCGGGAUCAAAUCCACAGCGGGCCUGAUCGUCUUCUGCGUCCUCUACGGCUUCACCUCGGGCUCGUUCGUAUCGCUGCCCGCCCCGACCGUCGUUACGCUCUCUCCGAGUCUGAAUGUGCUGGGUGCCCGCAUGGGUAUGAGCUUCUCGCUAGCCGGAAUUGGCAUUCUGAUUGGCAAUCCCAUCGGCGGUGCUAUUCUGAACAGCAGCGGGUGGGUCGGCGUGCAAUGUUGGGCCGGUGCUACCAUCGCUGCUGCUGCUGCGGCGAGCUUGGUUGCCCGAUUCGCCAAGAAUCCCGCGGUGCUCGGCAAGGCGUGA